AUAUUUGAUUUGAUUAUGCUGUUCUGGCUGCGACAACCAGUUUAGCCAGUUUCCGACUGAAAAAAAAACGUCUUUUCUUGACUACGAGGCCAGUUUGAAGAUUCAUCCGCAUCGACCUCCAGCCGCAGUCACACUAACGACAGUUUCUACCCUGUAGUCGACGAUGAAUCCCGAAUAUGACUAUUUAUUCAAGCUGCUCCUGAUCGGUGAUUCUGGCGUCGGAAAGUCUUGUCUCCUCCUCCGGUUUGCAGAUGACACGUACACAGAGAGCUACAUCAGCACCAUCGGCGUGGACUUCAAGAUCAGGACCAUCGAGCUGGACGGGAAGACCAUAAAGCUGCAGAUUUGGGACACGGCCGGUCAGGAGCGCUUCCGCACCAUCACGUCCAGCUACUACCGAGGAGCUCACGGCAUCAUCGUGGUGUACGACGUCACGGAUCAGGAGUCCUUCAACAACGUCAAGCAGUGGCUGCAGGAGAUCGACCGCUACGCCAGCGAGAACGUCAACAAGCUGCUGGUCGGCAACAAGUGUGACCUCACGACGAAGAAGGUCGUCGAUUACACCACGGCGAAGGAGUUUGCCGACAACCUGGGGAUUCCCUUCCUGGAGACGAGCGCCAAGAGCGCCACCAACGUGGAGCAGGCCUUCAUGACCAUGGCGGCCGAGAUCAAGAAGAGGAUGGGCCCCGGGGCCACGGCCGGCGCCUCCGAGAAGUCCAACGUCAAGAUCCAGAGCAAGCCGGUCAACACCUCGUCCGGAGGCUGCUGCUGAGGCCCCGGAACCGGCCCGACCCGACCCGAACCCGCCCCGAGCCCAGAACCCACCAACGUCACCGCGAAGCUCCACAGGGACAGACCGGCCCCAGCCUGCAAAGUGAGCAGCAGGACGGUAAGAGCAGCACCGGGCCUCCUGCUGGCUAGCCUGUGAAGCCCGCCUCCGUUUGCUUUUGUCGUCCUGCUCUUGACUUUGGCCCGGCCCAGAGUUCCUGCGUGAGCUCGGCCUCCUACAAUUGGUAACCCUUCAAAUGAAGCACAUGCUUAACCAGCAUCAUGCAUGUUAGACGUGAUCUCACUUCCUGUGGACUUCAGGCUCCACACGUUCUGCUCCGACUCCACAGCGUCGCCCCUGAACUCGAUGUUGCAGUGCCUUCGUGGCAGCGGAUCUCGUGACGUCGAUGCCUUCGGUUCCCCUCAGCAACAUUCCUCCACGCGUGUUCGGCUCCGUGUGCUCUGCUGGUCCUCGUCAUGCUAUAAGCGUGUGCUGCAUUGGGAGACGUCAGCCGUGUAUUUCUCUGCCAACAGCACAAACACAACAGAGAGAGAAACGAAAUCACAUCCCAGCUCCAGAAUCAUCUAUAAACUGUAUAUAUUUAUACAUACAUGUAAGAAGUGAUUUGCAAAUUGUGUAGAGAAGCAAGUGAAGCGAAUGAUCCGACAACUCGCUGGAAUUAGUCCAAUCUCGGCACGUGAUUUGUGGCUGCGGACGUGACAUUUUUGUGGCACAGUGUCUACUAUUAAACCAUGAAGGAGAUCUUUGAUAA